UGAUAUUCGAUUGAUCGAUCAGGUUACAACUAGUCCCCUACACAAUCUACAGCCAUGGAGUCCGCUCCUCUUACUCUGGCUCAUACCCACGCUCGCAACGCAGUCCUCGAGACUCGCAAGUCGAAUCCCGUGGCAGCAAGCGAGGAACAUGAUCUUGCCGCAGGCGAAUUUGCAACUGCAGCCCAGCACAGCUCGGACCGUGAGGCCCUUCGAACCCUCCAUCUGCUGGAGCAACACCACAAGAAACUCGCGCAGAUUCUCCGGUUUCAGCAUGAGAACCCUUCCAACCCUGCCUCGACCGGAGGGAAUCCCCAGGCUGUGUCCGCGGAAGCGGGCACCACCAGAAAUCUGGCAGUGGGAGCAGAUGCACAGCAGCAACCUCCCCGACUGUCAGGACACCCACGGCUACCGUCCAGGGAGUCUUCUUCGAUUGUCAGCAACCUAGCGUCGGCCCGUGGCAUCCCGUCACAGCCUCGUCGCUCGUCCCCGGCCUCCCCUACCCUCACCUCCCAGCAAGCGGGGGCGAAGAUGACCGAUGGCCCGGCCAAGAUCCGGACGAGCGAGUCGAGACUACGCGGGAUGCAGGCCCAUGGAAUGAAGGAACGGGGCAGUCGUUCAUCGACAUCGAAACAGCCGCGGACUCCGCCCCUGGCCAGUCCCACCGAUAUCACCUCGCAGCAGUUUGCGCCGCCUAAUCCUUCCGAGUCCGGCCCGCAGAAGAGCCGGUCCUCUGUAACCGAAGAACCAUUCCAGAAAUUCUAUUCCACAUUUGAGGGUUUGAUCUCCAGAAUCUCGGCCCCCCUUGCGUUUGCGGGCCUGCCGCUUGGCUCCGAGGCAUCAGAAUCAGCCGCCCACCGCAAGUCCGCCGCGGAUACCCGGACUGACCGAUACAACGCCAUGUCCGACCGCUCUCACCACUCUGCGGACCCAGAUAUCAACAAGAUCUUCUCCAAGGCUGCCCUGCAGGCGAUCCGCGACUCCACCGGCGGGGGGACGACGGGAAAUCCCGCAGAGUCAUUCUACGUGGUGCCCACGACUGGUGGGACCGUAUCGUACGCGGGGAUUCUCACUCGAGCGGAGAAGGAGGCCCGUAGAAACAGCAUCGAUGAAGGGGAUGAAGAUUUUGUGGACGCGCGAGAGACCCCGUCCUCGCCCGAACUCCGCCAGAGCUUGUCGGGAAUCCAGGGCAACAGCCGAGCCGGACGAGGGAACGACAAGUUCAACAGCCUCCAGAACCCGAAGACCAUGGAGGAGCUGCAGAUGGAAAACCAAGCGUUGAGACAGCUGUCGGACACGCUGUCCAAGCGGUUGCACAUGUGGGAGGUCAAUGCGCAGUCGUCGUCGAUGGCGUUGCAGCAGUCGCUGAAGGCAAUGCAUCACCCAAACACACAUUCGCCGGACCAGCCCGCUCCCGGCUCGUCGGCUGCUAUGUCGCCGGUGGGAGACUCGACCUUGCCCGCGGCUGAACAGGACCAACGCAUCAAAGAACUGGAGGAGGCCAUUCGACGCAGUGAGAAGGAGAUGAGUCAAAUGGGCCGGGAGAAUGAGAAGCUGCGCGAUGUACUGGGGCGGUACCGAGAACGGUGGGAGAAGCUGAAAGAAGGCGCCAAAACCCGGCGGGCGGCGGAGAGCAAGGCUGCUGCUGCGGGGGGGAAUGGGGGAGCAGGCGCGGCGCCGCAGCCGGCGAGAAAUCCCAGCUCACAGGGGGACGAAGCUCCGGCCAAGGAUGGUGACACUGAGAAUGAUACAACUAGCAAUGAUACCGAGACCAAGGUUGAGGGGUCUGAAUGAGGGGUCAGUGAUCUAGGUGAAAAGUGUUUCACGUCUAGCGGCUCUGAACCAAUUUGAUAUGGUAAUCCAUGUUACGUUCCUCUAGUGCAUAUCAACAAUGGAC